AUGUCGAAUAGACCGCAAACAUUGAAGACAAUUGGUUCUGUUUCAUUCAUCGUGGAGAAAUCUCUGACUGUUGUACUUAUGUUUCUUAUCAAUUUCUUACCAAGGUAAUCAUUGCUCAAUAACGAUAAACUUUGGCUUAUAUCAAUUAAUAUUCCAACCUUACAUUUUCUAUUGAAAAAUAACUGGGUUAAGCCUUGUCUGCAAUUAGAUAUUAUUUCUAUCGUGUGGUUAUUAAUACUCAUCGCUCUCUUCUUGGCAACGCAAGCGGCAUUUAAUUAAAAUCCUCAAAAUAAUCGACAUUUAUCACAAAAAUCAGUACAGCUUCUUUGCCGCAAUAUCGCUUGGUUUCUUUUGGCUUUUCUCUUCUUAACAUAUACUCGGCAGGUGGAUAGUGCUUUUCCCGCAAUCCGCUUGGUUGCGCGCAGCUCCGUAUAUCGUUUCACUAUUCACUUCUGGACCAAAACAAAAUGUCUUUCCGUUUUGUUGAAGUUACAGAAGAGGACAUUUUUGUACCAAGCCAAGCCACGGUUCCGCUAAACACAAAGGAAGCCAAGCAGAAAGAUUAGUUUAACGAUGUGUUGGGAGUAUUAUACGAUUACUAAAAGGUUGUAUAAAUAGUGUUUUGUUUACAACUAUUACGGAAGCUGUAAUACACAAUGUUUUAAUUUAAAAUGUGUUUUGUUGUCUAUUAGUCAUAUUUGUUUUGUUAUGGUGUAUGGUAAAACAAAUAUUCACCUAGUUUAGUGUCUGAAUAGUGCAAGGAUAUCUUUCUAAUAUUCUUGCAUUAUUCAAAACCACAUCCGUGAAAAAUUGUUGUAAAUUAACAUAUAAUAUACUGUUUGAUGCAAAUAUUUUCCCUUUACCUACCCUAUUUCAUCUCAUGAGUCAGUACUAUUCAUCGUAUCUAAUCCCAAUGGAUUCAGUUGUUUUUCAUUAAUUUACUACCAUUCAAUAUAUUGCGAAGCCCUUCAUUCCAUGAUAUGACCUAAAAUUAAUAUGAAUUUUGUUAUCUUAAUUAACCUGCAUGAUACAAAUCGCCGGCGCAAUAUAUAUGUUCGCGGUCUGUAUUUAUUGAAAAAAUCGGAUGGGGCAAAAUAAUUGUAACAUUUCUAACAUAAACGAGGGAUCCCUUCCGUAAGUUUCGCGUGGUGUAAACAUAGUCUGGCGUUAUAGUAGUGGAAAAUGCUGAUAAACGUUAAUGUAUCGCUUUUUUAUUAGAAGCUUAGCCAAGAGUCAUACGUAUUCAACUUGGUUAUAACGGUCUAAAUGUAGGAAUUUAUUAUUUCAAUAUGAAAGAAAUACAUAAUAUCCAAGAGAGUUUCCUAAUGAGUAAUACAUAUUACACUGAAAAGGUGUAAAUUAACACUAAAAUCAGUGUUAGCUGACACCUUUUCGGUGUCCCCACAGAGGCAAGAAUUUAUACCGAUUUUGGUGUUGUGGCAACACUCCCAGAUUUACAGUGUAUGAAAUGAAUAAUACUUUGAUCAUUAUUUUUUUCUCAGAUUUUGGAAUAGAGGAGAACCAAGCCUCAAACGUUGGGGAUAUAAAGCAUCUCUGGCAACGUAUGUCCUUCAGAACUCUCUGAUUGCUUUGAUUGGCUCAACAACUGCUGCAUACAAAGUUUUAACCAUUCCAGAACCCGAACCAAAGGCGAACGAAUUAAAACUACCUGGAGCGAAGUCGGUUGUGGAUUUAAUGUUGUUGAUAACUAAUUACGGAUUUCGUUAUUUUGUUGCAGAAUUUUUCUUGACUAAACUUUUUGAUAAAGAGUUGGAUAUAUUGGGUGGGAAGACUAUUGAGGAAAGUAUGGGUGUACAGAUCCUAGAAGGACCGGAACAUGAUGAUCAUGGUAGUGCAUCGCAUAGAAUGAAUGUAACCCCAACACAAGAAUUGGAUGGAGCAAAGGCUUAA